UGUUUGGACAAAUGAGACCCUGAGGAGUUCAGUGUCGUGGAUGUAGUCCUCCAGUUUCCGGCUCCACUGCUUCACUCAGAGUGGGACCUCUUCUGCGGUUUCGGUCCCGGUUUUCCGGUCAGAGUGGGCCCUCUUCUGCUGUUUCGGUCCCGGUUUUCCGGUCAGAGUGGGCCCUCCCUCCGCUCCCUCCGCUCUCUGUUCUCAUAGUAACCGCUCGGUCACCUGCGGAAACACACCGGGACUCACGGACUCACGGACCCACGGACGGAGCACCGCCAUAGGCUCUUCCUUCUGUCUCCGCCGCCGAUCAACCCGAUCAAUCUACACCCGGAUCGAUCACCUCUGAGUCCGCCGUGGAUCCGAACCGGCGCGUGGCCUGCGGCGGGAUCAGAGAGAAUGAUGACAUCAGCGCGUGAAAGUCCGGAUCCUCCGCGCGUGAGCUGAUCGAUCAUUUAUCAGCUGUGUAGGUGUCCCCUCCAGGUGUGUGUCCACGUGCGUCCAGGUGUGUUUCCGGGUAGGCGUGGUCCUCCAGGAUGCUCCCCGCCUCCAUCCAGAUCACAGGUGAGCUGCUGUCGGCGGCUGAGGUUCAGGACAUCUGUGAGAGUCUGAAGGAGGAGGGCGUCCGCUUGCUGUCCGUCCGCGGGUGUCAACUGUCCGACCGGGACUUCGCCCACGUCUGCCGCAGCGUCGCCGAGUCGCGCUCUCUGGCUCAGCUCAACCUGAACCUGGGCGUCGUCUCCAGCAUCAACAGGACGCGACACCUGGCCGACGCCCUGAAGACCAACCGCUCCCUGCAGACCCUGUUUCUCCACGGCAGCCCCCUGCUGGACGCCGGCCUGGUCACCCUCAACCCCGCCCUGUCCACACACCCCAACCUGGUCUGUCUGGACCUGGGAGACUGCAUGUUGGGAGACGAAGCCCUGAGGCUCAUCUGUGGGAUGUUACCACCUGAUGGUGCCAAGUCAGGUCUGAGGGAGCUGACUCUGAGCGCGAACCCAGGAAUCAGCUCCAAAGGCUGGGCCCGUCUGUCCAUCGCCGUCGCCCACAGCUCCCAGCUCCGAGUCCUGAACCUGGACUACAACCCCCUGGGCGACCAGAUCGCAGGGAUGCUGGCCGUUGCUGUGGCGUCCAGCAGGACUCUGGAGGUUCUGGAUCUGGAGGGAACUGGACUCACCAACCAGGCAGCGCAGGUCUUCCUGGACAUGGUGGAGAACUACCCGACCAGCCUCCGGGUCCUGGUUCUGUCGGAGAACGACAUCAGUCCGGAGCUGCAGCAGCAGAUCUGUGACCUGCUGUCGGAAGGAGAUGACGACGACGAGCGUGAGGCCCCGCCCCUCCACCCUGGCCGCGCCUCCUGCAGUGCCCUACUGCCAAUCAGAGACAAGUACCAGCCCCCCGCCUGGCUCACCCACAGCAACUCCCGCCCUCAGGUGGUGUUGCUGACGUCAGGUGUAGGUGAGAGCUUAUUGGCUGAGACUGAGAUGUGACCCCUCCCACAGACACACCCACUUCCUUUUUGUCAUUGUUUUCUUUGGGUUUGUUUCUCUGCACUGCACCUGUCUGGGCUGACGGUCAGCUGACGGUCCGCAGCCAAUCACCUGCUCUGCAUGGUGUGAUGUAGCACUUGUACACACCUGUACACACCUGUACACACCAGUACUGUAGAUGUGAUGCGCACGUAGAGGCCGCUGGGGUCGCCUCGGCUGGUCUUGAUCAUACAUUAAUGCACCCCCCAUUUUGGACCAGAUGUAACUCAGAUCAGAAACCAUGAAAAUAAUGACAUAAACAUCAGUUUUUAUUGUAGUUUCUCAUUUUCGUACGUUUACAACAUUCUGAGCGGUCCAAAAUGACAGCGGCUUUGAUGUAUGACCAACGCGGCGUCUGCGUACCUGUCAAUGACCUGUACACACCUGUACAUGUCUGACCUCAGUGACCUUACACACUGAACGCCGUUUGUUUCUAAUGAAUGUUUGUUGAUUAAACUGUUUACAGCU